UGGGGAUCAAAGUUUUGUAUCUCAAACGACAAACAUCGCAAAAAAGUUCAUUUUAGGAGUGUUUUAAGAUCAUUUACGAAUUACAACAUCAGAUAAGAAAGUUUUUUUCUGCAAUAAUUCAUCAAUCUAAAGCUAUGGAAAACACAAAGGACACUAAUGGUAUAGUUUGGAAGAGUUCAAUUAUGGUUAAACAGGAAUUGAGUGAUGAAAUCAUAACAUUGAUGGACAUGAAAUCAGAUGAAACAUCAGCUAUUUCAAGUUCAGAAAGAGUACAAACAAAUAUAUCAACCCUCUUUUCAAAUUCUGAAGAUAUAAAGCAAAAUGUAUCAACACAAUUUUUAACUGUUAAAGACAAAUACUUGGAGGAAACAAUGCAAUUUUUAGCUUUAGAAGAUAAAAAUCUUGAUAAAACAAAGCCUUUGUUUAAUUUAAAAGAGAUGAAACAAGAUAACCCAACAUCAUUUUCAUCUUCUGAAGACAUGAAACCAAAUCUAUCAACAGCAUUUUCAAUUUUUGAAGAUAUAAAACCUGAGAUAUUAACAAUUUCAUCUUUGGAGAUUGAACAACAAAAUGGUUUCAAAGCACAGCAACAACUUUCUUCCCCACCAGAUUCAACUGAUUUUAAAGAAAAUUUUGCAGUUUUAAAAUCAAAUCUUCAGAAUGAAUUAAAAGAACUCAAGUUAUUGCAUACAAAAUUGAUUGAUAAUCUCCCAACAGAAUAUCUGAUUAGCAAUAAGGGACUGAAGACAUACAAGUGUGAUAUGUGUUGUCAAAGAUUUUUCCAUUUUGAUCAUGUUAAACAACACAUAAACAUUCACACAAGGGUGAAUCCAUAUGGUCAUGAUUUUCAUCAGCAAGAAGUUGUUAUGAUCAGUCAUGUUGAACAAACUAACAAAAUAAACCUAGAACAGGUAUACAACAAGUCUAGUUUGUCUAAAAAGUUCACUACAAAGUCUAGUUUAUCCACACACACAAAUAUUCAUUCUGGAAUUAAUAAGCCAUAUGAAUGCUAUGUGUGUCAUAAAAAAUAUCAUAUUAAAAAUCAUUUAGCAAACCAUAUAAAGAUACAUUUAGGAGAUAGACCAUAUAAAUGUGGUGUGUGUCAUAAAAAGUUUGCAAAGAAGAGUAAUUUAUCUAGACAUAAAAUAGCUAUCCAUUCUAGUCUCAAGCCACAUGAAUGUGAUGUUUGUCAUAAAAGUUUUGCCCUUAAAUCUAGAUUAUCUACACAUAAAAAUAUUCAUUUACCAGAGAGACCAUAUGAAUGUGAUGUGUGCCAUAAAAAAUUUAGGCAUAAACAUAAUUUAUCUACACAUAAAAAUGUUCAUUUACCAGAGAGACCAUAUGAAUGUUAUGUGUGUCACAAAAAAUUUAAUCUAAAAAGUCAUUUAUCUACACAUAAAAAUAUUCAUUUACCAGAUAGACCAUAUUAUGAAUGUGAUGUGUGUCAUAAAAAAUUUAGUCGAAAAAGUACUUUAUCUACACAUAAAAUUAUACAUUUACCAGAGAGACUAUAUGAAUGUUAUGUGUGUCAUAAAAAAUUUAAUCAUAAAGGUGAGUUAUCAGAGCAUAAAAAUAUUCAUUUACCAGAUAGACCAUAUGAAUGUGAUGUGUGUCACAAAAAAUUUAAUCAUCAAAGUCAAUUAUCAACACAUAAAAAUAUUCAUUUACCAGAGAGACCAUAUGAAUGUGAUGUGUGUCAUAAAAAAUUUAAUCGUAAAGGUUAUUUAUCUACACAUAAAAAUAUUCAUUUACCAGAGAGACCAUAUGAAUGUGAUGUGUGUCACAAAAAAUUUAAUUUUAAAGAUAGUUUAUCUAAGCAUAAAAAUAUUCAUUUACCAGAGAGACCAUAUGAAUUUGACAUUUAUCACAAACAUUUCCUCUAAAUCUAGUUUAUCUAUGCACACAAAUUUUUACUUAGGACUUGAAUGUGUUGUUGGUCAUUAAAUUCUCUUUCACAAAGAUCUUUAAUUAUCUAUAUAUAAAAUUAUUGCUUUUUUUUUUUUACUAAUACCACAUUGUGUAGGCUGAAAACACACCAUUAAUGUUUGUCAUACAGGAUAUAAUACUCUUCAUAAUAUUAUUUGUCAUACAAAGUAUUACAAAUGAUUAAUAUUCUAUCUAGACAAUUCACACAAAGGAAGAAAAACUACAUGGAAAGAAUUGGUGUCAUGAAUCUCCAUAGCAUAUUUAUUAUCUAGUACAAGUUGUUAUGGCUAGCUUUGUUUCGGUUUUUUGGAAAAUAUGAUGGCUAAAUUCUUAUCCUUUACAUUACCCAUAAAACAAUACUAACCACUAAUAAACACCAACAUUUUAAAUGUACAAUUAUAAUUUGAUUCAUUGAAGUAAUAUUUACUCUAUAUUUUUCUUUAUUGAAUAUAUUCCAUUUUAUGUAAUUCUAAAUUUUGUAUAAAUAAUUAUAUAACCCAUUAAGUUAAUCAUAAUUAUGAUAAUUGAAUUGAGCAACAAAAUGUAUUAAUUA